CGUGACUCGGGCUGAGCGCUUCCUGCGGCGGUGCAAAACAGACUGGCGAUCUGAGGAACGGAGAAUUGCAGUUUCUGGGUGGAAGAAGCAAACCCAGUGAUGGCCUCGGCUCCUAUAGCACCUUACAACUCCAGUCCUCUGGAGAACAGCUCCAGCCCAAAUGCGUCGAGAGAGAGCCUGAAGAUGGAGCCACUGGCAGAUGUUGCCAUGCUGCCGGGAGAAGAGAGAGUGAUCGAUAAAGACAUCAUCUACAUCUGCCCUUUUAAUGCUGCAGUCAAAGGAAAGGUGUUCAUCACCAACUACAGACUCUACUUCAAGAACACUGACUCAGAGACGCCAGUUAUCCUGGAUGUGCCAUUAGGUGUUAUAAGCCGUGUAGAGAAGAUGGGCGGAGCCUCCAGUCGAGGAGAGAACUCCUAUGGGCUUGAAAUCACCUGCAAGGACAUGAGGAACCUGCGAUUUGCUCUGAAGCAAGAAGGCCACAGUCGAAGAGACAUCUUCGAGAUUAUUUUCAAAUAUGCUUUCCCACUGUCUCAUGGAAUGGUGUUGUCGUGGUUCCAUAAAGAGAACCAUGCUGUGAUCACGCGGUGUAGCCAGCCUUUGGUGGGAAUGAGCGGCAAGCGCAACAAAGAUGAUGAACGUUAUUUGGACCUAAUCCGUGAGGCCAAUGGUACCACCAAACUCACCAUCUAUGACGCCAGGCCUAAUGUCAAUGCUGUGGCAAACAAGGCCACAGGAGGGGGUUAUGAGGGCGACGAUGCAUAUCAGAACGCUGAGCUGGUCUUUCUGGACAUCCAUAAUAUCCAUGUUAUGAGGGAGUCACUGAAGAAGUUAAAGGACAUUGUCUACCCCAGCGUGGAGGAGUCUCAUUGGCUCUCCAGCCUGGAGUCCACCCACUGGCUAGAGCAUAUUAAGCUGGUGCUAUCAGGGGCCAUUCAGGUGGCUGAUAAGGUGUCUUCUGGGAGCUCUGUGAUGGUGCACUGCAGUGACGGCUGGGACCGCACAGCUCAGCUCACCUCUCUGGCCAUGCUGAUGCUGGAUUCAUACUACAGGACUUUCAGGGGCUUCCAGGUGCUGCUGGAGAAGGAAUGGAUCAGCUUUGGACACAAGUUCGCUUCAAGAAUCGGCCAUGGAGACAAAAACCAUGCAGAUCAGGACAGGUCACCUAUCUUUGUGCAGUUUAUUGACUGCGUGUGGCAAAUGACUAAACAGUUCCCAACAGCAUUUGAGUUUAAUGAACGUCUCCUAGUGGUAAUCUUGGAUCACCUGUACAGCUGCCGCUUUGGCUCUUUCCUCUACAACUGCGAGAGUGCCCGUGAAAGCAAUAACGUUCGGGUGAAGACGGUGUCUCUGUGGUCUUUUGUCAAUCGUGACACAUCCUUGUAUAUAAACCCCUUCUACACACCAGAGUCCAGUCGCGUGCUUUACCCUGUAGCCAGCAUGCGCCACCUAGACCUUUGGGUGACUUAUUACAUCAGGUGGAACCCUCGCAUACAACACCAGCAACAGAGUCCAGUGGAGCAGCGCUAUAAGGAGCUACUGGCGUUGAGGGAUCAGUACCUGAAGAAACUGGAGGAACUGCAGCUCUCAGACUCCGCCCCCUCCUCCACCCACUUGACAAACAGCUCCACCCCCAAUGUUGCCACGCCCAAUCAGCACAUCACACACUUACAGACACCAUUUUGAUCCUACUCACAAACUGUUACAGACGUUGGACAUUUGUACAUAGCAAUAGUGAUAAUUAUGGUAACACAAUUAGUAGUGAUGUCAACGAUAACGAGUAACAAAACAAUUAUGCAAUAAACCACAGUACGGCCUUCAUCACGCAAAAAACGUUAAACGAAAAGAGAAGCCUUAAAGUGACAGCGCUGUUUUUUUUGCACGCCGCAAAUCAUGGAUGAAAGUGAGUCAGAUUAUGUGUGGCUGUCUCAGACGCCACUUGGAUACUGUUUGGAGCAGUCAUGUGACGAUUGAAAGCAAUGGAAUCGGAUGGACGUAUGUGGAUUAUGUGUUGCGUUACAUGUGUUAUUAAGAGUUCUAAAGUGUCUAGAUCUGCGUGAAGAACAUUUUUGAAUGUUGAGCACUAGUAAGAUGGCAUCUAAAUGGUGUUCAGAGUGCUGGUCUUGUAGUCGCUGUGGUGUCCAGUCAAUCCAGUAUCAAGCAGGGUCCUCAAACUUUGGUAGAGCAAUCGUUUCAUUAGUAUACUUGGUUUAACUGCUUGACAAACUCAAAUGGCUGACCUCAAAAGGUAAAUGAAGCAGAUAUGUUGUCUAAAUGUCUUACUUUUUCCUCCGUAAAUGUCAUUCGCUGCUCAGGUGAGUGUAUGAUAUGGUAGGAAAAUGUUCUGAAGCGAUUAAUAUUAGCUUGUUGAACAGAACCAGGGUUUUUUUUUUUUUAAGUGAGCGACGUGGAUACCUUUUUGGUGCCUUUACUCAUAUCUGAGGUUUUCGGGUAUAUAUUUUAUUGCGAGAUGUUUUUUUUUUUUCUUUAUGGCAGCAUCAGUGGUAGAAUAUUCAUUUCCAUUCACUGUGCGUUUGAGCAACAGGUUGUUUCUUCUCCUGCUGAGUUCUGGAGUUGAACAGUUUGAAGCCCUACAUGCUUGUGGCUUUACCCCAUAAAACGACGUGCAGUUGCCACGGAAAGCAAAUAUUUUGUUUCUAAUGGAGCUGACAGUAUUGCUCCCAAUGAGACGUAGCAUAGUCUGCAAAGUCUUUUGGGUAGGACUUAGCGGCUGGGAUAUGAAGCGGUGUGUUUGAGCUGUCCCAAAUUCAGCCUUUUCCUGAGGAAGAGAGCGGUGACUGACACAGGGUUAUAGAGGAGGGCUUCAUUGAGUCAUGGCUCAUGCUGCCUUGGAAAACUGAACUUCUAAAGACUUUGACCUCAAUGAGGAUAUGACGUUUAAACCAUAGUGUGUGAAGAAGACAAACAAGUUCAAUAAACAAACAAACCAUUUGCGGUUGGUUGUUUUUAGGGGGGAAAAAAGACCGAAAUCUAUUUUUUAUUUUGUACAAGUACCAGAACUAUGUAAUUACCUCAAACAAAAACAUAUUUUACUGUUGAAAGUUCUAUUGUUGUAAAAUAUAAUUAUUUUAUUCAGUGUACAAUUUGACAGUUUUAUAAAAAGGAAAGUAAUUAGAAAAAUGUUUUUGGUUGGUUUUGGAAAUUGUAGGUAAUUUGUUGGACAUCCUCUUGUAUGUAUAAUUUCUUUCUUUUUUUUAAUGGGCAUUUAGGUUUUGCUUUGUAACAUUUUAAAGAUCUGAAAACGAUCAGAUUCUGUAGGGAAUUAUUU